AUCGUGAGGAGGGAAGCUUAGUAAUGUGUGUAGUUUAUAAAAGAUGAUUGUGAUUUUCAAAAAAUUAAAUAAAUAAAGGAAAUAGAAAACCAGCAGCGUCCAGGUGCAUCCCCCUCCUCCGUCAAACCCACGCCUCAAUUCUCAAUUAGGGUUAGGGUUUUCACUUCAAUCUUCUCCAAAUCUUCAAUGACCCACUCCCACUCUUCUUCCUUCACCAUCCACUCCAUAAUCCACCAUCGUCACUGUUCCUUCUCUCGUGUCUCUUGUUACUGCUGCUGUUGUUCAUAGGUAUCAACCAAUCGGAUUCUUAACCGAAGCAUCUCUGUUCAUGGACCUCUCACACCCUCAAUCCAACUUGUCGCUCGGCUUUUCUUCUUCUCACGCUUCGCCGCCUCGCCGUUCCUCCAUUCCCGACGAAUCCAUAACGCUGCACCUUGAAUCCAGCCUCCGCGACCCUUCCAACCCUCUCCCUCCGGUGCCACUGCAGCUCCUGGAACCGCAGACGGAUAACGGAAGCGUGGAGGUCGAAUCGGACGAUGACGAGGACCGGGAAGUGGAAGAGUUUCGAAUUCUAGGGCAUUCAAUGUGCCUGAAGAGGCGAAGGGAUUGCGACUCUUCUUCGUCCUCUUCGAUCCCCACCAAGAGGGUUUCGGUGGAACCCGAUCUCGAUGCGCGAAGGGUUGCAGUUCGCUCUUGGGGUGGCCAACCACUCUCGAUUGCAGACCCUGACAUCUACGAGAUAAUGGAGAAGGAGAAGAAGAGGCAGUUCGGAGGGAUUGAGUUGAUAGCUUCUGAGAAUUUCGUGUGUAGGGCUGUAAUGGAAGCACUUGGAAGCCAUUUGACGAAUAAAUACUCCGAGGGAAUGCCUGGUGCGCGAUACUACGGAGGGAAUCAGUAUAUAGAUGAAAUCGAAACGCUUUGUUGUGAACGUGCUUUGGCCGCGUUUAAUCUCGAUCCCAAGUGUUGGGGUGUUAAUGUGCAGCCUUACUCUUGUACCUCUGCGAAUUUUGCUGUGUACACUGGGUUGUUGUUACCCGGUGAUCGUAUCAUGGGGUUGGAUACCCCUUCUGGAGGGAACACUAGUCACGGGUACUAUACUCCCAAUGGAAAGAAGGUUUCUGGGGCGUCGAUUUUCUUUGAGAGUUUGCCGUACAAGGUGAAUCCUCAAACGGCGUAUAUUGAUUACGAUAAGCUUGAGGAAAGGGCACUUGAUUUUCGUCCCAAGAUACUUAUUUGUGGUGGAAGCUCGUAUCCUCGAGAAUGGGAUUACGCAAGGUUUAGGCACAUUGCGGAUAAGUGUGGAGCUGUGUUGUUGUGUGACAUGGCCCAGAUUAGUGGGCUCAUUGCAGCCAAGGAGUGCGUGAACCCUUUUGACUAUUGUGAUGUUGUUACUUCAACAACCCACAAGAGUCUUCGAGGUCCAAGGGGAGGUAUAAUUUUUUAUCGGAAGGGUACAAAACCGAGGAAGAGAGGGAUACUUCUAAAUCAGGGAUAUGAAAGCGAUCAAUAUGACUUUGAAGAGAAGAUAAAUUUUGCUGUUUUUCCAUCAUUGCAAGGGGGCCCUCACAAUAACCACAUUGCUGCACUUGCCAUAGCUUUGAAACAAGUUGCUACUCCUGAGUAUAAGGCAUACAUGCAGCAGGUGAAGAAGAAUGCUCAAGCUUUAGGAUCUGCGUUGCUGAGAAGAAAAUGCCGCCUAGUUACUGGGGGUACUGAUAAUCAUUUAUUACUAUGGGAUUUAAGGCCCCUGGGAUUGACAGGUAAAUUUUACGAGAAGGUCUGUGAGGCAUGUCACAUCACUUUGAAUAAAAUUGCUAUUUUUGGUGACAAUGGAACUAUAAUUCCUGGAGGUGUUAGAAUAGGUACCCCUGCCAUGACAUCAAGAGGAUGUCUAGAGGCUGAUUUUGAUAUGAUGGCAGAAUUUCUCUAUAGAGCUGCACAAAUUGCUAGCAUACUGCAGAGAGAACAUGGGAAAUUGCAGAAGACAAAUUUGAAGGUACUUGAGAGCAAUAGAGACAUUGUUGAGCUCCGGGCCCGGGUUGAAGCUUUUGCAACUCGGUUUGCAAUGCCGGGUUUUGACAUUUGAACAUGAUGUAGAUGGUGGAUUGCCAAUAUUGAUUAUUUAUAUAUGCUACCCUGGCGGGUUGUCGAGCCUGCUUUUUACAAAAGCAAAUCUUCUUGGUGUACAUAUAUUUUGUGGAGCUUCUCUCCUAUCUGCAUUGUAUCCAGUUGUCAGGUUUUCACAUGUUGCAGUGAGCUGCAAUGUGGUGGUAUAUGACAGUACGUAGAUAGUACUGCUGUUGAGGUUUCUUUUGGUAAUCAAGCAACCUGUUCCAACUUUGAUGGAGGGUGUGCCAUCCCUGCUGAAUGCAGCUAGGCCAUUAUAGGAGUUGGGACAGGGAUUCUUGAUCAACGAACCUGAGUACAGAAUUCUUCUGGUGAAUCUGGUAAAAUAAUUACUUUGAUAAAGGUUAGACACCUUGAAUUCUUUUACCAGCUGUUUGACGCUGAAAGCGAUGUUAAUUCUCCUUUUUCGCUAUAUAUUACCCUUUUUUGAAUAUUAUAUUUGUACUCAUUUUGACCAAUACCUUUGCCGUGUUAAUUGUUAAAUAUAUAGGUUAAUGUGGUAAUUACGUGAUUGCAUUGUACCCUUGUAUAAUUUUUUCAACAUAAAUUGUAUUCUCAAAAAGGAAGUUUGAUUAUUCUCUGCUGGUCGGGAAUCAAACAUAUAUUUCAGAAGCGCCUUUAAGUUCAUGCGCAAGUUUUGUCAGUCGGGCAUUUUUUUUAUGUAGCACAAGGGAAUUAAAGUAUUGUGGGACAAAGAGUAAAGUUUGAUAUACACUGAAGUACACUCCAUUUUCAGGAUGCAUGCGGUGGAAGGUGAAAAGAAGAAAGAGAUAGAAAGGAAAAAAGAAAAAAAAAAGAAAAAAAAUGGGAUAGAUUAUGUGACGUGACAGAAGAAAAGGGUAUAUGGAUGAAAAUGAAGGGGAGGAGAGAUGGAAGUAUUGUACAUGUUAAUGAAUAUUAUUGUUGAGAAAAUUGAGUUGCACUUACAAGGUCCCAUAUUUAUCUGGUUGAAUACUUUGCCACCUUGAUUCCC